AAGCGAAAAGAACAAGUUGAAACGAACGUGAGAAUUAUAAAUAAAAUUGCGAGAUUCAGACGCAACUGGGCGAGGAAAUUGCGAAAAAAAAUCUAAAGUGUGGAAAAGUGCGUGCCAGAUAAAGAAUGAGAAAAUCCUAAUUGACGAUGGUGCUGCUCCUGAUUCACCUGCGUCGCCUCAUUCUGCUGCUGAGCGUUGUCUAUCUGAGCGGCGCCGUGUUUCGCCGCCUGCUCACCGAACGGCACCAUGCCCAUGUGCUGCAGCCCAACGGACUGGGCGGCCUGAUGGCUGGCGGUGGCCGUUGGGCCAAAGAUCCGUUGCACUUUCAGUGGUGGGCCUACAUUUACACCUGCUAUGCGUACGUGGUGCUGGUCAACUAUGUGAGCAUGCGACGUUUGACCAAUCUAAUUGAGUUUUUCUUCACCUAAUAUAAGUUAAAUAUAUUAAAUUGUUAUGUUUA